GCAACAUUGCAAGUUAAGGCAUCUGCGGAAACCACCGCCUGGAGGUACAGCACGGAUCUGAAGUAGCCUGUGUGCAUGAAAUCUUGCGGCAGUCACUGUACUCCAUUUAAUACGGGAAUCUGGAUUCGUGAUAUGGUUCUGUAAAUAGAACUGGGAAACUGCAGAGUGAAUAGUUUUCCGUGCAUAGGUUGGUUAACAGCUGGCACUUGUAUUAAGCAAAAAGUCGCACUUCUACUAUCAAACCGCGACGGAGUCGGGGGAAGUUUCGGUGAGAGGGAAUCUCUAUCUCUGGAUUUCCCUACAAUGAGGAAAUUCUGAGGUGGCAGUCUUCAGUCAGUUAAACUCUCCUUGGCUGUUACUAAGGGAUAGCUCAUGAACCGGUAUCCUCUAGCGUGGAAUUCUGUUUUCACUUAGAACUCUGCUGCUUGGACAAAUGCAUACAAAUGCAUUUAGGAGCCCAACGGACAAGGAGUGGAAACAUUUCUCCUACGGCAAAAACGAGAACCCUCCUCCUACUCUUCUCAACAUGCACAGCAUUACUGUUUGCACAAGCGCACUCUCAAGCACAAGGUGUAGAUGUUCUGCAGCAGCUGGGCCUUACAGGCAACAAAGAGCGAGGCUCCUCAGGGGAGGCUGUCCUUCCAUUAUCCUCCCCUUCACCACCUCCUCAGGGUGCCCUUGUUUCAGAUGCUGGGGUUAUUCUCCAGAAGUCUGCGUACAUCGAAGGCUCCACCUCCAGGCUCCUCCUUGCUGAGAUUGGAGAGGAGUUCACCGUUGUUGUUAGCCUAAGCUCCUGGCGAGCGAACAAUGCUUUUCUUUUCAGCGUUAAGGACGGCAAAAGCAAACUGCAGUUUGGUAUUCAGCUUUUGCCACAGAAGGUGGUGGUUUACACUGCUGAGAAGACGUCUGUAUACUUUAAGUACAAUGUGCACGACGGGCAGUGGCAUUCCUUUGCCAUUGGUGUCCGUCCACGGUCCGUGUCCUUCCACGCGGACUGCGGGGACGUGCAUUACAGCGAAGAGACUCUGUCCAGGCCUCAGAAGCUGGAUUCUGAUGGUCUGUUCACCUUAGGAAGGAUGAACUUGAAAGCUGUCCAGUUUGAAGGUGUGAUAUGCCAGCUGGACAUCUACCCCUCAGCGCAGGCAGCCGCUCAUUAUUGCGACUAUGUUAAAAAGCAGUGCCGUCUGGCCGAUACCUAUCGAUCGUCUUCACCACCCCCGAUCACAUCACCACGUGGCUCUUUAGCCUCAAACCGCCCCCUUCCAGAAUCCCAGAUCAGGCCGACGGUUCCAUCGGACUCCUGGACACAGACAAUCACUACCCAGCCAGGAUCUGCCUCUACCCCUAGCUUUGAGACCUAUGUAACGCACCACCCGCGUUUAAAACCCACGUCGUCUUUGAUGCCUGAUCUGAGAGCCAGCCCCGAGACGUCAACGCUGCUGCAGCGGCUCAGGGCACUGGCAGGCGACUCUUCCACCAAGCCUGUCACUGUGCAGACAACGUUGGGCAUCAAACUCAGGAGUACAACUGCCUCGGCAGGUCCCCGUGGUCCUGAGGGGGACCCGUCUGAGAAUAACACAGAGAAUGAGCAUCUCCUUGGGAAUCCCAGUGCCACAGAUAACACCUCUUCCCCGAUCUCUCCAGAGAGACAGAGCCAAAUUAAGGAGGGUCUAAAAAAUAGCAGCAGGCCUCUACAGCCCACGGAUGAACUGAUGGAGGUGCAGUUGAAAGUCAACACUACUCUCUAUCGUGAGAACCAAUACCAAGUGGACAACUCUGAGGAGCACAGUUAUGAAAAAGCCUAUGAUGUUGACAUGGGAAAUUACGACUAUGGCUAUGAAGAAGGAGACUAUUCCUUCUAUUAUGAUGGGCUCCCAGGGCCGAAAGGAGAACCAGGUCCACCGGGUCCAGCAGGUCCCCCUGGCAUGCCUGGGCCUUUUGGAAGAAGAGGACCUCGAGGCCUAUCUGGUCCCCCCGGAAACCCUGGCCUACCUGGUCUACCUGGGCCCAAGGGCUCCAAGGGUGAUCCAGGACUGUCUCCGGGCCAGGCCCCAUCUGGCGUAAAGGGUGAUCCAGGUCUUCCAGGUCCACCUGGUCCAACAGGAUUCCCAGGCUCCCCGGGUCUCAAGGGGUAUCCUGGACCACCAGGUCUGCCAGGAGAACAGGGCAUUCCAGGACUCCCGGGCAUGGCUGGGGCAGCAGGUUACCCUGGCAGGCAGGGGUUGGCUGGGCCAGAAGGUAACCCAGGUCCUAAAGGUGUGCGAGGCUUCAUUGGGCCUCCGGGUGUGGCCGGACCACCUGGGCUGGAAGGGGAGAGAGGCAUUCCUGGACCCACUGGGAAGAAAGGCCCUAAAGGAAGACAGGGUGUUGUUGGUGACAUUGGUGAAAGGGGACCUCCUGGACCAGAUGGCGACCAAGGGCCGAUUGGCGGAACUGGCAGUGGUGGAUUUCCUGGUCUGAGGGGUGACGUGGGGCCUGAGGGUCCACGCGGAGUGACUGGCAUAAUGGGACCUCAGGGCCUGACUGGAGGUUCAGGGCAGCCUGGAAUGAAAGGUGAUAAGGGCGAACCGGGAUUAACGGGCGAGCCAGGAGAGUACGGUUACCAAGGUGACAAGGGAGCAGCAGGCUUGCCAGGACCGCCGGGGAUACGAGGGAAACCAGGACCACCUGGGAAAAUGGGCGAGAUAGGACCACAGGGGCCUCCUGGCCCUCCUGGCCCAGUGGGUUUCCCUGGAGAUAUUGGUGCCCCAGGUCCCAAUGGUCCACCAGGUCCAAAGGGUCUUCAAGGUUCCAGAGGGCCACUUGGGCCUCCAGGCCCAAAAGGAAUAGAGGGUGAUGAAGGCCCCCUUGGUCCACCUGGAGGUCCCGGGCCAACUGGAAAACCAGGAAGGAAAGGUUACGCUGGGGAGCCUGGGCCAGAAGGACUGAAGGGGGAAAUUGGAGACAUUGGGAAUGCAGGAAAAAUCGGGCCACAAGGACCUGUGGGCUUAUUUGGAAUUGCUGGAGGGUUUGGAAUUCUCGGUGAAAAGGGAGACCGAGGUCCGGCGGGUCCUUUGGGUCCUCCUGGAGAGAAGGGAUCCAGGGGAUAUCCAGGUGUACCAGGAAGUCCCGGUGAUAUUGGCCCACAAGGUUUACCUGGACCACAGGGGCAGAGAGGAGCAGCAGGGAUCCCCGGACCUGAGGGCAGAAGGGGACCCCCGGGUCCAGACGGUCUUCCGGGAGAGCCUGGUCCACAAGGUAUUAAGGGAGAACGGGGUGGGAUUGGAAGAAAAGGAAAACCCGGAUUAACAGGGAAAGACGGACGUCGGGGAGAGAGAGGCCUGCCAGGGCCACCAGGCAAACCAGGUAAUCCCGGCAGUACCGGGGAGACAGGAGCCCAUGGGGAACCAGGCCCCAGGGGACCGCAGGGAGAGCCAGGACCUGACGGCGAGCUGGGCCCAGAGGGAUUAUCUGGCCCUGAGGGAGAGCCUGGUGCUGUGGGAGAAUCUGGGCUCCAGGGAGAAGCUGGGCCACCUGGAAACGAAGGGGAGCAGGGACAACAAGGAAUGAGAGGUCCCCCAGGUCCUGUUGGUGAAGAGGGUGUUCAAGGAAAAUAUGGGCACAAGGGGGAACCAGGGGACCGUGGACCUUUGGGAGAGGCUGGGGACAAAGGUGAAGCGGGAGAACCUGGGUUGUCUGGUCCUGCUGGUGAACCUGGAAAGCGGGGUUUUCCUGGUCCUGAAGGAAAGCAAGGACUUCCUGGAACCCGGGGUCGACAUGGAAAGAAGGGUGAGAAGGGACCCCCAGGAAACGCCGGUGAGCCCGGACCACGUGGUGAGAUCGGACAGCCUGGACAGAUCGGAGCAAAAGGUGCAAGAGGAACCAGAGGCCCUCCAGGUUCACUGGGGCUCAUGGGUCCAGAAGGGGAAGCCGGAAUGACAGGAUACACAGGUCAUGCAGGCAAGACAGGACCCCUGGGACCACCCGGUCCAAAAGGGGAAAAGGGUUACACAGGAGAGGAUAACAAAACUCCAGGACCGCCCGGGCCCUUAGGUGAACCAGGUCCUGUCGGGGAGCGAGGCGAGAGAGGAGAGCCAGGGGACGAGGGGUAUCAGGGUCACAUUGGCAUAACUGGACCUCGAGGGGCUGUUGGACAGCAGGGACUACCUGGAACACCAGGGGACCCUGGAGAACAGGGACCCAGGGGCGAAAAGGGAACUCAGGGACUAACAGGAAAGAAAGGCACUAAGGGACCGCCCGGAAAGGCUGGCGAUGAAGGGACCCCAGGUUUACGUGGACCAAGAGGUAUUGAGGGGUACCCGGGCCUGGAUGGUCCUCCAGGUCUUCCUGGAUUACAAGGAUUACCUGGAAAGUCUGGACGUGUGGGUCAACGAGGCACUGCAGGACUAGAAGGGCGGGCUGGGCUUCCUGGUGCCCGGGGUAACCUGGGAUAUCCUGGAAUGAUUGGAGAAAUCGGACCACCGGGACAAAAGGGCGACCUCGGCCUACCAGGGGAGAAGGGGCCAGCAGGAGGCAAAGGACUGGAGGGGGUGCAGGGAGACCAGGGCAGAAAAGGAGAAACAGGCAGCAAGGGAGGACUGGGUGAAACAGGGAGCCAAGGAAUGCUUGGCUUUCAAGGAUUUCCAGGCCCAAAGGGACCAUAUGGGAACAUAGGCUUUCCUGGCAUACCUGGUCCUAAAGGUCCUAUUGGGAGUAUGGGAUUCACUGGUCCUGUUGGUCCGGUUGGGAUGAUUGGUCCAACGGGAAAACCUGGGCCCAGAGGCCCAAAUGGAAGCAGAGGGGAAAUGGGACCCCAAGGCCCCCAAGGAAGUCCAGGUCCUCCAGGUCGUCCAGGCACUCCAGGUCCCACGAAACUUGUGAGCAUUAAUUCAGCUGUUCAGGCCUUGAUUGAGUCCAAUGCUGCACUGCAGGUAGAGAGCUACCAGGACACAGAGAUGGUCCUGUCAGACCAGAAUGCUGAGAUAUUGCAAACUCUGCGCUACCUGAGCAGUGUGAUCGAGAGCAUCAAAAAGCCCAUGGGCACCCGAGAUAACCCCGCCCGUUUCUGCAAAGACCUGCUGGAUUGCCGAUGGAAGCUAGCAGACGGACAGUUUUGGAUAGAUCCCAAUCUUGGAUGUGCAUCUGAUGCCAUUGAGGUCUUCUGCAACUUCACGGCGGGGGGCCAAACAUGCAUCCACCCAGUUGCAACCAACAAGAUGGAGUUUGGCAUUGGAAAAGUCCAGAUGAAAUUUCUCCACUUGCUGAGCACAGAGGCCAUACAUACCAUUACGGUCCACUGUCUAAAUGCCCCAGUUUUAAAUGCCACGGAUGCAAGACACCAGAAGAAAUCGAUUCGCUUCAAGGGAUGGAAUGGACAGAUGUUUGAGAUGGACACAUUACUUGAACCGCAUGUACUACUAGAUGAGUGCAAGAUUCAAGAUGGCAGCUGGCAUCAGUCACGCUUCUUCUUUCAAACUCAGGACAGUCACCAGCUCCCCAUCGUGGACUUACAGGAGCCGUUUAACCUCAGGCAGGGCCAGCAGCUCCGCCUCGAAGUGGGGCCUGUCUGCUUUGUGUGAAGCCUCCCUGCUCUCCCCACAAGCCUUAAAAGCCAACAACAGGCAUCGAAAUGAAAUGCUCCUGAAAGAGAGAACACCUUUUUAUAAAGCAUUUUUGUCAUUUUUAUCCCUUACAGCAAAGGGGAUAAGUUACUGAGCAUGUCCAUGAGCAGUACCCUGCUAAGACAAGCAAAGGACUUCUUCGGGAGAACACAGUCUGUAGGGGAUAAAGCCAGCUCAAUGAAGUACAGGACAACAGUUUCCAAUAUGUAUAAAAAGCGUAUCAUUCUGUAAUCAAAAUGGUGCUUUGGGGUCCUUGUGUUCUGGAAAGAGUGCUCCACGAACUCCACAAGGAGCUGAUAUGCCACAGUCCAUUGAGCACCACAGGCUCCCACACAAUAGCACUGUCUAUAUAAAUGUUCCUAAAAGUGCAAUAGCUUGUGGAUUCUGUGUGAUAGAAUUAUUGCAUUUUCAAUCGAAUGGUCUUCGAUAUAUGUAUUUUUUAAGAUAAAUUUCAACCAGUUGUCCACUCUGGACAUGUACAUCUUAUCAGAUGGUGCUCUACCUCCUAUAUGUUUUGCCUUCAAGUAUAUUAAAGGUACUUGUGUUUAAGAAUUUAUUUUCAAGUUGUAUGUACUGGUUACAUCAAGAUAUGUUCUGUUGUAAGAGUACUUAUUUGAAUUUGGUCAAUUAUUUCAUUACAGACUAUUUAUAUGACUUAUGUUGAUAAAAUUUACAUGUCUCAUCUUUUGGAUUUAUGUUUCAUUUGAUGUGGGAGGUGCUUACCAAUGGCAACUCUACAGUGGUGCUGCAAUAGAUUAGAAGAGUUCAUCAGUGAGUUUGCCAUUUUUCCUGUGUAUAUUUUGACAUUAUAUGGUUAAUUAUUUAUAUCAUUUUUGCUCAAAUUACUGUACCCCAAAUAAAUUAUACUAUUUCUCAGAGAUUUAUCUGCUCAACUACCAUUUUAUAAAUAGUUUUUUAUUUAUGUAUUAAUGUGUAUUUGUAUGUACACACAGAUAUGUGACUGCAUGUACAUUGCUUAUAUACACAUUUGCUCACUAUUUCCAAUGUUUGUUAGUAAAAAACAAACUGGCAGCUAACAGGCCAGAACAUGAAAAUACCACACACAAUAAUUAUUAUGUUUUAAGUUAUGUUACAUGGAUUAAAGUGUAAUAAUAUAGAUGCUUGAGAAUAAACAAAUGUAAAUAUAAAAUAUGUUGAAAUAAAAAAAAUGUCUUAAUCCCUUAUGAAUUAUA